AUGGACAUAGUGAAAAUAAUACUUAAGGACAGCCCCGGGGCAGGAGAGAUCGACGGAAUGAUAAGUUUGCUUCAGACAAUAGAGCACUCUACAAUACCGUACUCCCUUAUCUUAGACUAUCUGAAAGUAAAAAGUAGCGAGCUAUCUAUUGAAAAAGUGAGAUACAACGACAAGAAAUUAGAGCUAAGCAGGAUCCUCUCUGAGUACAUAGACUACCUCACAAAUGUUCUCGAACUGCACAAGAACAAAGAGAUAGUUUUUUCAGAGAAAGUGAAAGCUCUAGUGGAAAAGGCUGUGAAUAGCCAGUAUAUAACGCGCGAGGACAAGCUGUAUCUGGCAAGCGAGCAAAAAAGGGUCAAAGAGUCUCUGAUGUACCAGUGCAGCAUAAACAGCAUUCUCAUAUACAUUUCAAUAUACUUGGUAGGGCACAUGGAAAUACUGAAGAUAGAGAAAAACAUACUUGAGCUCUCCCAAGAGACAUGCGAUGAGCAUGCAGCAGGUGAGAAAAAAAGAAUGUCAAUCUACAAGGUCGGCAAUACUCCACACCCCAUCAGAAUAACAGGCCGCACAACCCAGGAAGACAUGAAGAGUAUGCUCACGCCCACCAAUGGCCCAAGUAUGUCAAUAGAAGAGUACGGAGAAAGAAUGGUAAAGAUGAUGGAAGCACAGGGAAUAUCAAUGGAUCCUCCUGCGCUGGGAAGUGCACCAGAGCCAGAUGACAGUGAUCUGCUGAACGAACUGAAUGUACAGGAGAUAGAAGAGCUCAGAAAAACCCAGGAAAAAGAAGAGCACAUAGUCAGAGGAGACGGGAACAGAAUAGGAAGAAAAUAA